AUGAAGCAAAUAGCAAAAACAAGUUAUGCCUUCUUUCUUUCGACAGCACCGAUAAUAAAGGUGGGGAAAGACAAUGUAAAGAUAUCGACACCAGGCCUGUUUGGCUGUGAGAAAAUUUCCUUCCAAAGUCCUUUCUCUGAUGGACAGCAAGUUAAGGUAUUCGCUUCAUUUGGACAUACUGUAAAAAGUCCAAAACAUCGGUUUGGUGCAGCAGUCUGGGUGGAGUCUGUUUCUACUGGUGGGUUCACAGUCUGCGUUUUGGAGUAUGGAGAAGGUUCAAAAGGUUUUGCUGAAGUGAACUGGAUUGCUUUGCAAUCUACACCUCUUGGAUCUCAGCUAGGAACUGUGGCGUUGGAUCCAUGGACUACCGGAACCGAGUACUUGGAUCCGUGCCUGCACGUUACCUGCUAUUUCUAUGGCCUAUGUAAGGCCUUUGGACCGCAUGACGCCCGCUGCGUGUGCUUAGACCGCUGUCCGUCCUUCCACGAGCCCGUGUGUUCGUCUAAUGGUACAACGUACGGCAACGAGUGCUUGUUCAAACUAGAGACGUGUCUUUUGAGGCGUAAUUUUUCAGUGCAACAUCCAGGUCGUUGUGAAGUUUUUCCAUUCCAGCAUGGUCGCCAACACAUGCCUCACAUUCCAACACUGGGAUAUUCUCAUUGUGUAGUGAUCCAUCUGCAACCUUUCGUAUUCUAUCCUGACAAACCCAUUGAAGUUCAGAUCACUGUCAAUCACAUCGACACCAGUGACAAGUCGUAUGUACACGAUGCGGCAGUGUCAUGGGUUGAGAACACCAACUACGAUAGAUUCAACGCUUGUGUCAUGGCAGCAGGUUUCAAUGAGCGAAAAUCGAACGCAAACGUCACAAUUGAUUGGGUGGCGUAUCAGGGAGCUCCAGUGGGUGGACUGGCAGGCGAAGAACGGGUAUCACAAUGGUGGACUGGAACGACUUGUGUAACCGUGAACUUUCCUUCAAAGAAAUUUCCCAGUGCACCCUCGGUAUUUGUAACUGCAAAGCACCAUCAUUCUGGACUGAAGCGUGACGCAGCUAGUAUCUGGAUCGAGGAUGUCACGCAAUCCUCAUGCAAAGUUUGCCUGAGGGAGCUCCAGAACUACGCAGGAUCCCACAAGGAUAUUUCUGUUAACUGGUUGGCGUUCAUGAAUCUUCAUAAGCCCCCCUUCUCAGAACAUAACGUGAUUCACUUUAUCAACAACAGAUCUCCCCCUGACGAUCAAAAUAAUGCCUUCUGCAAGGAUGUUAACUUCUUCCACGUCUACCCUAUAGUCCCAAACAUAAUUGUCUCUGCUAAUCACUCAACGAAAGAAGGGAACCUGAGUCCUGUUCACAAUGGCAUAACUUCUUGGGUAGAGUAUAUCAUCAAGACUGGCUUUCGCGUUUGUUUCAAGGAAUUGUAUGAAACAAAAUAUGAUCCUCUUUCUAUUAUCUACACUGUCAUGUCAGAUCUAUGCCAGCCUGGAUGGGAUUAUUUCAAUGGUUAUUGUUAUUUCACAAUCUCCACUUGUACCACUUGGUCAAAUGCUCAAACAAAAUGUUAUAAGAUGGGCUCACAUCUUGUGACAGUCCAUAAUCAAGAAGAGAAUGUCCACAUUCAACAUCGGCACAAUGGAGAGAAAUCUUGGAUUGGGCUCAAUGAUCGGUGUCAUAAAUCUGAUAUGCUUCUCGUGGCUGGUCGACAAGCUUCAUUUUUUAUCGUGCUAUUUUUCAUUUCUCAACUGUUCCGUGACAAUGCCAGUCAGCAGUGUGGAGCCGGCGGCGACCUAUACUCCAUUUACCAAAUGAUGCUCAAGGGCCACACUUACAAGUCGUUCAAGACUGCACCGGGUACUCUAGAAUGCAGAGAAGCUUGUCUUGCUGAUGUCAAAUGUCAGAGCUACAACGUCGUUAUGUUUAUUGCAAUAUGCGAGUUAAACAACCGAUCUAAAGAGGCCAGACCAGAGGACUUUGUCAAGAACAAGGACAGAUACUACAUGGCGAAAGGUCCAAAACGAGUUCCUCUCGGAUCAAUUCGUGAGUUGCCCGCGGAAUCGUGCAAGGAGAUCAAGGCGAGUGAAGGAGGAAAGGCGGUCAGCGGUAAUAAUUAUUGGAUGGAUUCAACCAGAUCUGGUAACUCUAUUUUAGCUGGCUGUGACAUGAAGACUGAAGAUGUUAACGAAUGUGUGCAAGGUCUACAUAGUUGUCAUCCCAACGCAAUUUGUAAUAACACUGUGGGUUCCUACAACUGUAUAUGCAGACCAGGAUUAAUUGGAGACGGAAGAAACAGCUGCAUAAGUACAGUUACUUGGAAGUUUACAACAAGUGGACGAAGUGGAAGGUAUGGCGUUAUUCAGACCUUCACUGUUCCACGUACGACCCUUUACCAAAUAAAGGCCUGGGGAGCUCGUGGUGGAACACAUUCAUACAAUUAUGGAUAUAGACCUGGAACAUAUUACGGUGGUAAGGGAGCAUUCAUAGAAGGAAAGUUCAGAUUGAAUAAAGGAACAGUGCUGAAUAUUGUGGUUGGACAGCGUGGUGGAAAUUCAGUGGAGGUGAAGGGUGGUCGAUCCACUUCCUCAACAGCAGCUCAGCUGGGACUGUCUGUAGAGGACAAUGCUCGAACUGGAGGAGGGGGUGGUAGUUUUGUCUAUACCACAGGUAAUAUCUUGUUAUUAGCCGCCGGAGGAGGUGGUGGUGCUUCCAGUGGAUUUAACGGUGUGGAUGGUCAGGUGGGAACAAGUGGAACCAGCAGUAUGGGGCAAGAACCAUCACAGGUUAGGAAGGGAGGCACAGGGGGGCAGCCAGGUGAAUGUAACAAUGCAGGUGCUAGCUACCAUGGGGGUGUAGGUGCUGGUUGGCAUGGCACUGGUUGUACCCGAGCUGGUUCUGAACACGGACAACGAGGUGGAUCACGUGGUCAAGGUUGGACUGGUGGUCAAGCCGGUGGGAUGAAAAGCGGAAAUAACGGCGGAUUAGCACCAGGAGCAGUGGGAGGGUUUGGUGGAGGGGGAGGAGGAUCAGAGGAUAAUGGUGCAUCGGGUGGAGGUGGAGGGUACUCUGGGGGAGGCAGCGGUACCCACCCUAAACAGGCUGGAGGGGGCGGGGGUUCGUAUUGCCGUGGUCAGAGUUGUUCGGUUGGCCGUUGGCAACCUGCUCUAAACAAAAGUGCUUCACACCUCAAGAGAAGACCAGUCGGAGUCUGUCUCGGAAACAACGAAUACUUUCACCCAGUUCCCCUCGGAUCAAUUCGUGAGUUGCCCGCGGAAUCGUGCAAGGAGAUCAAGGCGAGUAAAGGCGGAAAGGUGGUCAGCGGUAAAAUUUAUUGGAUGGAUUCAACACGAUCUGGUAACCCUAUUUUAGCUCGCUGUGAUAUGAAGACUGAAGUUCCUCUCGGAACAAUUCGUGAGUUGCCCGCGGAAUCGUGCAAGGAGAUCAAGGCGAGUCAAGGCGGAAAGGUGGUCAGCGGUAAAAUUUAUUGGAUGGAUUCAACCAGAUCUGGUAAUUCUAUUUUAGCUGGCUGUGACAUGAAGACUGAAGAUUUGUACAAGACAUGGUUCUUAGCAUGUAGUUGCUGUGGCAAUGAGAGGACUUUACUAAAUCGAUUUUCUUUCUUCCUAGUUGCAGACUAUUGUGUCAAACAUCAGUGCCAAAACGAUGCAAAGAGCAUGUUAAACAAAGAAGAUGAGGGAUGCUUAAUUAAGACAUCCUUAUCCACAGAUGUCAACGAAUGUGUGGAAGGUCUACGUGGUUGUGAUCCCAAGGCCAUUUGUGAUAACACUGUGGGUUCCUACAACUGCACAUGUAGACCAGGAUUAACUGGAGACGGAAGAAACAGCUGCACAGAAGAUGUCAAUGAAUGUGUGGAAGGUCUACAUGGUUGUGAUCCCAACGCCAUUUGUAAUAACACUGUGGGUUCUUACAACUGCACAUGCAGACCAGGAUUAAUUGGAGACGGAAGAAACAGCUGCAUAAGUACAAGUCAUUCUUGUAAGGAAAUUCGAAACGCAAGUUCUCAUCUUAAAGACGGGGAGUAUUGGAUCGCUUUUAAGAAGAACAGAAGCCUUUUAAAGGUCUUCUGUGAUAUGACAACCGAUGGAGGAGGUUGGCUUCUGGUCUCUAGCGUUAUCGUCAACAACGCAUCCUCGCUAUGGUAUUCAGACGAAUCAUCAUACCAUGAAAUAAGCAAUUGUCACAACAAGUCGUUGUUACUCACGACAGAUGCCAUGAAGGAACUGAGAACACAAUUGUCUUUCGCUCAGUUGAGAUUCCACUGCAGCAAAAACAAGGGACGUACUCUCCAUUUUACCACGGCUGCUAACAGCAAAGGUGAAGCAGUAGUGCAAUACUUCAGUGGUCAGACAGAUGCCUUUCCGAAAGCAUGUGGCUCGUUUGUGAGGAUGAAGGAUGACAACUCGAAGAUAGCUGCUGAUUGUAAUCAAUGGAGUAAUAAACAGUGGGGAUACUUUCAAGGAAAAAAAAGAUAUCGAGCCGUUGCUUCUGUCCCUAAGAAAUAUCGCUGGGCUUUGUUGAGCUCAAGAUAUGAAUGUGACGACUCCAUCCACAAUGAUGGAAAAUAUUUUGGACUGUCCACAGGUGACUUCUGGAGGGUUUUUGUUCGUUAAGGCCAAAUGCAACCAAUAACUAAACAGUUCUCACUGUCUUGAAAAACAUUCAACGGCUGACCGAGAUCAGUGUCACGUUUUGUCGUUUUUUAUCCUUUUGUUGCUAAAGCAAGCCUCCAAUGUUGAAAUAAACUGUUAUUAAAACUAUCGGGAUGAAAGCUAUGCACAAUUUUUGGUAUGUCGAAUGAUGAUACUUGAACCCUGAUGCAACCAUAGUUUAAUCACAAUUAUAGUAAGUUAAAUAAAUAUUAUCUGCAAUAA